CACUUCUGUGUCUCGCCUCCUGUAGUUUUUCCGCCGUGACAGCGGCCACCUUCCAGGGCCAAAGAUCGUCUGACGGAUUCGCUCUCUUGCAGUCAUGUCGGCAGCUGCUUCGGGGGCCAGCAAGGCGGCUCACGGCAACGGAGCCCCGGAUAAAAAGAAGGGACCCGGUGCCUUGUGCACCGCUUAUUUGGUCAUCUACAAUGUUGUUAUGACAGCGGGGUGGCUGGUGAUUGCCGUGGGUCUGGUGCGAGCCUACCUGGCCAGAGGGAGCUACCACGGCCUUUACUACUCCAUUGAGAAACCCCUCAAGUUCUUUCAGACCGGCGCCAUCUUGGAGAUUGUACACUGUGCUGUUGGGAUUGUGCCGUCAUCCGUCGUCCUGACCGGCUUCCAGGUCAUGUCCCGCGUCUUUCUAACGUGGGCUGUCACACAUAGCGUCAGAGAGGUGCAGAGCGAGGACAGCGUGCUGCUCUUUGUCAGCGCCUGGACCAUCACUGAGAUCAUCCGCUAUUCUUUCUACACCUUCAGCCUGCUCAAUCACCUGCCCUACCUCAUCAAGUGGGCCAGGUACACCUUUUUCAUCGUGCUGUACCCGAUGGGCGUGAGCGGCGAGCUUUUGACCAUCUAUGCGGCGCUGCCCCACGUGCAGAAGACAGGCCUGUACUCUGUCACACUACCCAACAAGUACAACUUCUCCUUCGACUACUACUCCUUCCUCAUCCUGGUCAUGAUCUCCUACAUUCCAUUGUUCCCUCAGCUCUACUUCCACAUGAUCCGACAGAGGAAGAAGGUUCUGGGCCACGCCGACGCCUACAGCAAAGUGGAGUGAGAGAAGGAAUCAAACCUUUUGCAUCCAAACAAAAACGGACCUCACAAGCUCUUUUCAUUUGUAUUUCCCAAACUACAACUACUGCUGUCUUUAUUAUUUUUCCUCAAUUUUAUUUAUGAACAAAUUGCCGCUCGGGCGACGCCAUCAAAAUGUCCGGCGUGCUCAAGGAUGCACUGAAGAAAUCCGCCACUUUUUCUAAAAAAAAAUAAACUAGUCCACCCCAUAAUCGUCAUGUGCCCGCAAUUAAUGUGUUUGUUUCUUGCUUUCAUGACAAUAAACUUGUUUGAAUUUC